AUGUUGGCAGUGGUAGUGGUAACAGCAGGAGUACUAGCUGGAGUAGUAGCUGGAGUUCUAGUUGCAGCUGAUGCUAGUUCUUCACAGCACUGUGCACAGACCUCAACUGAUGAUGGUGGGGCGACUGGCGGUGGUGGUGGGGCGACUGGCGGUGGUGGUGGAGCGACUGGCGGCGGUGGUGGAGCGACUGGCGGCGGUGGUUGGAUGGCUGGCGGUGGUGGUGGGGCGACUGGUGACAAUGGUGGGCUGACUGGUGGUGAUGGUGGGGCGACUGGUGACGAUGGUGGGCUGACUGGCGGCGGUGGUGGGGUGAUGGGCGGCGUCUUUACAGCAUGGUGUACAGACCUCAACUGA